AUGAGUGCUUCUGACAGCGACACGCAGCCCCCGAGUAAGAAAGCCAAAGGCACGGCCAAUAGCACUACAUGUAAUAAUAUCACCAAGCAUCGGCAGGAUUUGCGCGAAGCUCUUGGUAAUCAAGAUGCCACGGAAGUAGUUCGAAUACUGACCGCCCAUCCGGCACUCGCGAUGGAAAAGAUUCUCAUGGAAGAUCUUUACGAUAAGGGCGCAUUUCCACUGCUGCUCCUGUUCAAAUUCCCUCCACCAUCAUUGGUACAAGUGGAACAUGUCAAAGCUGUAGGGGAUUUAAUGGUGGGUGGAGUUCCGAGCUCUCGAGCACUGCCUACCAUGGAAGGAGAGAUUCGAUCACCCUCCUUUUUGCAGUUUGCGUGUCAAGAAUGCCAACAGGGAAUUGCUCCCGGGGUACUGCAGUAUCUGAUUGACAAGUGUCCUUUGGCACCCCGAUUGGUGGAAGGAUUUCAUCAGACGUUGUUUCCUCCCAAUCACAGUGAAGAACUACCCAUACACAAGCAUCUACGCUCGGAUACGCCACAACUCCACAACAUUCGAGCCCUCGUCGAGGCAUAUCCGGAUUGUUUGAAAGAAGAAUCGCCCAAAGGAAUGGGACAACUCUGUCUCAAUCUGGCCUUGCAAAAUCCUAAUUGUCCCGUGCCGAUUCUAGAGUAUCUCAUUCAAAGAUGGACCGAACGAGGAGGAGUGAGAUGCGUCAAAAUCUUUAGUCUGCCACGACGAAGGCCCACUUCAUUAUUACCACUACGGCCAACAGCCAACGACCAACCACCCACGAUUGACGAAGAACGAACCUCCAUUAUCUUGGAAGACUUGUUGCCACAUGUGCACGAAGAGUUUGAUUGUUGCUUUGAGCCGUUCCUGAGCGACGCCUUUGUUCUGCUGUUGACGGGAUUGGCCAAUCUGUCCAAUAUCCGAUUGAAAUGGCUCACGUUGAAUGUGCGAAAUGUACGAGUGCUCCACGAACGGCAUUGCAACGCCAUGAUUCACAUUAUUGGGGACAAUCCGAAUAUCGCGUGUUUUCGCAUCAGCGGCCGAAGAAUGCAGCUCCAAUGUGAGCCCUUUUUGGAAGCACUCAAGACCAAUACGAAUUUGGAAUUCCUCGCGUAUGAUGGAUGUUUCAGUCAUCCAACAAGAAUAAUAAGAAGAAACGACAACAACAACGACAGCAACAAUCAUCGUCAAAAUAAUGAUACUAAUAUAGGAGAACGACGGGAAGCAGCAGAGUUGGCAUUGGAAGCCGUCUUUCAGGAUCACAACAAGACACUGGCAAAGCUAUUCCUGACGAAUUUGAGAUUUAUCCGUGGGAAUGUGGAACACUUGGUACGAAUGAACCGCUUUGGUAGGGCGAUGAUUCAUCAGAGCGACAUGAAACCACGCGAGUUCGUCGCCCUCUUCCUGCUGGCAGUCAGCAAUGAAGAAGAUCCCGAGCUGAAAAACGAAUUGGUCCGCCAGAGUAUUCUUUACGGUCUGCUUCGGGAAGUACCAGCACUCUGGGUGAAACACGCAACCUGCCGAUAG